CUCACACUGGUUCAACCUAGAGGACACAUUUUAACAUACUGUGGGAUUAAAAAACAAGAUGAGCACCUGCAGCUGGGAAACUUUUUGAUUUCAGCAGCAAUUUGAGGUGGGUCAGCCCCUCGAGCAGCAACAGUAGACUACAAUUCCCAUCUUCGGAGAGGAUGUUUCUCUGGGCAGGAAGUAAAGCAUCAGAUGGAAGAAGUUACCGCAAAUCCAUCUACCAGAGGAUUCGUGAGUAUGAAGUCCUUGACAAGAGGAAGACGGUGACCGCUCUGAGGGCGGGGGAGGACAGAGCCAUACUGCUGGGCCUCAGCAUGGUCCUGUUCUCUGUCAUGAUGUACUUUGUCUUGGGAAUUACCAUACUGCGCUCUUACUCUGACAGUGUGUGGACAGAUGAAGCUAGCUGUACUAUCCUCAACUCCACCAUUGUGUGGGACAUAAACUGCUCCUAUAGCUGUGGAGCAGAGUGCUGGAAGAGUUCCCGUUACCCUUGUCUCCAGGUCUACGUCAGCCUCAACUCCACCAGAAAGGUGGUCCGACUGCUGCACAAUGAAGAGACGCAGGACAGCAACCCUGAGUGCUUCUACAUCCCAAAGUGCCGUAAGGACUAUGCAGCCACACAGGCCAUAGUUCAGAACAUUUCAGAACGUCUCAGGUCUCAGCACAUCGUCCAGUGUUUCGUAGAUCCUAAAGAUCGUGUGGACACCGCCAUUUUGACGCAGAUCUACGGUCGAGUCGCCGUCUUCCAUUCCCUGUUCUGGCCCACCUGCACUUUGAUUGGAGGGACUAUUAUCAUCGCUCUGGUGAAGCUGACCCAGUACCUGUCCAUCAUGUGUGAGAGGGUAAGCCGUAUUAAGACGUGACAGGUUUAGAGCCACAUAUUUGUGAAGGGGAAUCACUGUCAUAGCGUGGACGUGGGGACAACAGGAGCACUUUCAAUGUGCUUUCAAAGUGCUGAGAUGUUGUCUGUCAUGUCUUAGUGAGUCCAGAAGUGCAGACGUCUACAGAGGAGUGUCUUCACUGAGGACAGAACUCCGACACAUAUUGGAAAUCCUGAUGUGAAGAGACAAAAGUGGACUGGUCAAGUUUGACACCAGUAAAUCUUGCUGGUAUCUGAGUCUCAAAACAACCAUUUGGAAAUUUAAACUACAAUUCCCACUGUGUUUGUUUGCUGGUUAUUAAUUACAUGCAGUAUACAGUUGUGGAAAAAAUUAUUAGACCAUCAAAAGUCAUAGAAAACAAUGGUCAAGUACUAACUCUAGUGUGUAUCAUGUGACUAAAACAAACAGAAAAGAAAACAUGGAAUGCCUAAAAGCACUUUUUUUGGCAGUACAAUGCCAUAGCUAGUGAUAUCAGAACUUAAGUGAUUU